AUGGCUUACCCCCAAAAAGAUUGGUCAAAUUCGGCAAAUCAUUAUUUUGGGCAAGACAUGCUUAAUUUUGAGGAACAACAACAAAAUCAACAGGAUCUCCAAUCGUGCGUUUUUGGAACUCAUCAUACACAAAAUACUAGUAAUGUGUCAGUAACAAUGAUGGCUCCUGCUUCUACAUCUGCAGUUCAGUAUGGGUUAGUUGGACAAGCAACCCCAACACAAAAUCAGAUCCAAACAACUGAGCUUAUGCCAACUUCCUCAAACUGCAACCUUGAUCUGGAUCUUUCUAAGCUGCCCGAGUCAAUUCCAAACUUUGUAGCUCCACUUUAUACUGAAACACAAGCUACACAAGCAAGUCAACCUCUAUCAUACUCGGUGGGAUUAUCAAUCUCUGAAGGAGAAGCUUCAUUUAUUGAUCCACAAAUGGGUUAUCAAUAUCCUGACAACAAGAAUGAGAAUUUUCAACCGAUGCAAGAUAUGGGUAUGCCAGAAGGGUACAAUAUGAGCAAUGAAAUGUUGAUGACAGAUAGUAACAUUGAAAACAAUAAUUACAGUGAAAUUAAUUUACUGCCCCCAUUUCCAGAGUCGUUCGGCUCAGAUCCAGUGGACUCAAUGCAAAGAUAUGAAACGGGGCAUUCAAGUGGACAGUUUAUAACAAAUCAGGGAUUUGCAUCACUCCCUCCUCAUCAGAAUCCUCCUAUCAUGAAUUUUCAAACUGCUCAAGACAUUAGGCGAUCCCAGAGCCAGUCAUUCAUGGCUCCAUUGUAUCAAGCUGCACAUGGACCUAAACCGCUGAGUAACUAUCCCCAAUCUCAAAAUUCAAUGCAGCCAACAUUCAGUGAACCACAAAUGGAAGCAAAUGCAGGAUUGGAAAUGGGACAUCAAAGUGGACAAUUUAAUAGAAAUGAUGGAUCUGUUAUAAUACUUCCUUAUCAAAAUCAAAAUCCUAUCAUAAACUCUCAAACCAUGCAGAGUUCUAGGCCAGAGCACACAAACUACAACCAACUGUCUGGUCCUACCAUUUGCAAUUCACAAUAUGCUCAAAACAUGCUGCCACAACAGCACGUGAUGUUAACUCCAUCGAUGCAUCAAGCCGGACAUGGUCUCGAAACGCAGACAAUUUCUGAUUCACAAUCUCAAAUUCCAAUCAGGCCAGCUUUUAAUCCAGUUGCUGUCAAUACUAGGCCUACAAUGUGCUCAAAUUAUGGUCAACAACCAAACUUGCUGGUCUCAGCAAGCAAUUCGUAUAGCAUUGGACCUGCUGCAAGUCAAAUGGCCCCUCCAUUGAACGGUAAUCAGAAUAUUCAGAAUUGUCCCCAAGCCACACUUCCUAAUAUUGGUCUCGUGCAACUUCCUGUUGUUCCCCAUGUGCAACAAAUCUUAAUGUCACAAAAUAGGGCAGAUCAGGUGAUUUACAAUGGAGGGAUGAGUGCACGUAUGAGUAAUUUAGCACCACAACAACAAGGUGCCACAUUGCAAGGACCAUCAACUCCGUCUUUGGGCACCCCUAGUUCGGAGGAACUGGGCUCACAUGUUUUGGGCUUUUCAGCCAACAGGCCCAGUGAAGGAUUUGUUUUACAAUACCCUACCUCCACCAAGGCUGAGAUUGUAAAUAUCUUAAGGAAAGUAGAAGCAGCGAAACAAAACAAGAUACAACAAGGGGCUCCUGCAGCUGCUUCAACUGAUCAUGGAGUUCCUGCGAUAAAUCAACGUGAUAAAGGAAAACUUCCUGAAUCUACAUCAACUAGGUUGGAGCAGCACAACCAAAAUCAAUUAUCUGCUCCUAAAGUCUCAGAUUCACAACACACUCCCAGUUGCCUGAUGCCACCGCCGCCGCCAAAGCCGCGAGUGGCUCCAGCUGCUCCAGCAGAUGGAGCUCAUGUGAAUCAAUCUGACAAGGCAAAACUUCCUGAAUCAGCGCCAAUUGGGCAACCUUCGGGGACAAUUCUGAGAAGAACAGAGCAGGGCGCUAAUCUAACGGUUGUACCUGCUCCUUCGCCUACUACGGUUGAUAAUUCUGCAAAUCAGGGACAGGGAGGGAAAGAUGAGCCGCGGAGACGUCGUGGUCGUCCUAGAAAACGACGUGACCAAGGAAUGGAUUUGUCCUAUUAUGGAAAGCUGCAAAGGACUGAAAGUAGUUCCGGAACUGGAAAAUCUCGAACAACUGUUACAACUGAAGAUAAAAAAGUUCAAACCACCAACAAUCAUGCAAAUCCCACCUCCGAUCCAAGGUGAGUGAAGUGCCAAGCCUUAUUAUAGAAGAGGGAAUGCAAAGUUCCCAGAAGUAUUAAUUAAGACUAGUUGAUUAAAAUGGUGUCAGUUGGUAAUUUUAAUCACUCAUUACUGUUCCUAUUAUUCUCCAAAAAUAUUGCUAUAUAAGUCUUUUGCAUUGCGUAAUCUUAUUUGCACAUAAACUUAUUGGUGUGCAAAUAGUAUUAUUUAGGCUUACCAAGCAUGGAAUUAUUUACAUAAUAUUGUUGGUGAAUUAUCAUCGGCUCUCAUGUUUUGCUUCCCCGCACAAAGGCUGAAUGAGCCUUCCCCAAUAUUGUUUUGCACAAUUGUUUGAUGUGGUCCUUGUGGACAUCAACUUUAGACCCAAAGGCCCUUUCUUUCAAUUAUAAAUUGUGACAUUAUUAGAAGUUAGAUUAUUAGAAUUUUGCAUCA